UUUGACCAACAGCACAAAAGCCAAAUCAACUGGAAAAGGAAACUCCAAAUUCCCUCACAAUGGAAUUCCCAGCAUCUCACUCCCUUCCCUGGCAAUACUGCAUCUCUUCUCACCUUCUCUUUCCCUACAAUUUCACCCCUCAAAACUAUGUCCACUGGACAGAAACCCCUCAGUCUCACAUUUUUUCAGCUGACAUCCCUGGUGUGAGAAAAGAGGAGCUGAGAGUGGAGGUUGAGGAUUCAAGGUACCUCAUAAUCAGAACUGAAGCAGUGGAUGAAUCCACAGAACCUGCAAGGAAGUUUGAGAGGAAGUUUAGGCUACCUGGGAGGGUUGAUCUCGAUGGCAUCUCUGCUAGGUAUGAAGAUGGAGUUUUAACUGUUACAGUUCCGAGAUCAAUUAGAAGAGGUUUCUACAUCGACCCUGCUGAUGUGUCUGAGAAUUUGGAAGUUCUAGCCAAAGCAGCUUGAAUGAAUGAAUGAAUGAAGAAGGGUUCUUGUUCUAAUUAGGAAGCUAUACUGUUUAGUGCAUGUGAUUGGUUUCUUCUUGAUGAAACAUUGGUUAUGUUGGUUUUGCAUGAUUUAGGCCAUAUUCCUCUUAUCUCAGUGGCUAUUGUGUACAAAAAUGGUGUGAGUUAUGAUCCAUUUGUUCUCUGUUGUUUUC